UCCAACGGCGCUGCGGCGCAAAGCGCUAGCCAAGUCAAGGAAACGAUCGAAUCCAGCCAAAUCCAGUCGAUUGAAAUGCUCGAAAACGCUUCAAAAACGUGCUGACUGCUGAGCAGCACGUUGUAGUUCGUUCAUAGUACAUGUUCGGCCUUCCAAUGAAACCUAACGUAAGUGUUUCGGUGGAGCUAAGACCAAUUUUAAAUGUGUGCAACGUGUACAUCACAUUGGAAGAAAUAUUUGCCGACACGACGACCGUACAAGUGGACGCAGACGCAAGGUCCUUCACCGUAGGUGUGAGGUUGAACGAUGCAGAGGUGUCCACUACCCAACUGACACUGCCAUCGGAAUAUCGUUUCAGACAUGAGACCCAGUCGAGCAUUCGAAAACGUGUUGAUAAACGGGACGCAGAAACCGCAUCUUCAAAGCGCACAGAGCUGUCAUUCCGUAUUCAAGUCGAGGGUCAAUGCAACAUGCCGCACAUUCCGAUAGUAGGCACAUCUGAACCUGGCCACGGCUGCACUUGCAUGUUUCGUUGCAGAAGCUGUGACAGUGACGUGCUUGCGAAGGAAACCACGUUCAGACGUGUUCUCCCUCUUCCUUCUGCGGACUGGAAGGAGAUGGCCGCGGAAUGGUUUUGUCACAAACAUGAGGACGGAGGCGACGUCCCAAGUGCUGUCGACCCGAAAGCCGACGAAAUGUUCACGUCUGUGCUCUGCUUCAACGUUCAUAAAUCAAUUUUGGCAAACGUAGGGUUCAACAGCGUUGGUGAGCUGCAGUGUGACAACUGCCACGAAGUCAUAUCGAAAGCGCUUGACAGAAAUUCGAUGACGGUUGAGGUGCUCCGUACACGGGUCGACGUAUGGACACUCAACGGAUCAACCCGCCUGUUACUGAGAAGGGAUGCAACGUCAGUUUUAAGCCACAUGAUAAAGGAACAGCUGUCGCUGAGUGUGUCCUGCAGGCUCAUAUUGGAAGCGGGUGACCUGGCACUUUUGGUGUGGGUCAUGGAAACCGGACUGCAGUACUUCAAGGCAGUGAACCUAGAAAGGGGACACCAUCCCAUUUGUUUCCAAGCAGUAACAAAGGUUUUGUAUCUUGUGGCUGAGCUCCAGAGUUCUGUGGUGCAUUCCUGGCGAGAAGACGCCCUGGUCACUGUCCAACCCGUCGACAAAGUGCUCUUCCAAGAAACCCUUGCUAUGCUAAAUGGAUCCAGAUCUGGAGAUACUCUAGAUGACUUUAUGGUCGGAUUUGUUCCAGAAUGCAUGUCAUAGGACGUCUCAGUCCACAUCAGGCACUGUAAGAGUAUGACAUAGUCAUACCCAUCGUCGUCCAUCAGGAACAUCCAUCAGGGGUAUUGCUUUUCCGUUCAAAUUACAAGACUGCAUCUGUGAAGACUUUAUUCAUAUAUUUAGGUGUGAAAAUAAAAGAUGCAGUGUA